GGCCGGCGGUGCAGGGAAGCGCGCGCUGGGGGCGCGGCGCGUCUGGGGACAUCUUGUGAUGUUGGCGAGAACAGGACAUGAUCUCACAUGGCGAGAAGCUCUUUAGUUCCUUAAUCAUUUCACGGUGCCUUCGGACGCUUUUUUUCCACCUAAAACGUUUAGUUUCAGCUCAGUGAUCAGCUACCCCAGCUCGGCGGGGGAGCGGAAGGCUUGAAUUAUUCCGACCUGUAAGCGGCCCCUGGCACCAAAAAAAAAAAAAAAAAAAAAAGGCACGAAAAAGUGGAAACUUUUUUCCCUGUCCAUUCCACCAAGUUCUGAAAAAUCAAAAUGGAUUUAGAGAAAAAUUACCCGACUCCUCGGACCAGCAGGACAGGACAUGGAGGAGUGAAUCAGCUUGGGGGGGUUUUUGUGAAUGGACGGCCACUCCCGGAUGUAGUCCGCCAAAGGAUAGUGGAACUUGCUCACCAAGGAGUCAGGCCCUGUGACAUCUCCAGGCAGCUUCGGGUCAGCCAUGGUUGUGUCAGCAAAAUUCUUGGCAGGUAUUACGAGACGGGGAGCAUCAAGCCUGGGGUAAUUGGAGGAUCCAAACCAAAGGUUGCUACGCCCAAAGUGGUGGAAAAAAUCGCUGAAUAUAAACGCCAAAACCCCACCAUGUUUGCCUGGGAGAUCAGGGACCGGCUGCUGGCAGAGCGGGUGUGUGACAAUGACACAGUGCCCAGCGUCAGCUCCAUCAACAGGAUCAUUCGGACAAAAGUACAGCAGCCUCCCAACCAGCCAGUUCCCGCUUCCAGUCACAGCAUAGUGUCCACGGGCUCCGUGACGCAGGUGUCGUCGGUGAGCACGGACUCGGCCGGCUCCUCAUACUCCAUCAGCGGCAUCCUGGGCAUCUCGUCCCCCAGCGCCGACACCAACAAGCGCAAGAGAGACGAAGGUAUUCAGGAGUCUCCGGUCCCUAAUGGCCACUCACUCCCGGGCAGAGAUUUCCUUCGGAAGCAGAUGCGGGGAGACCUGUUUACACAGCAGCAGCUGGAGGUGCUGGACCGUGUGUUUGAGAGGCAGCACUACUCGGACAUCUUCACCACCACGGAGCCCAUCAAGCCUGAGCAGUGGUGCCCCGUGCUGAUGAGACAAUACUUGGUGCAGCCCCAGGCAGUCCUUUUCCAGACCACUGAAUAUUCAGCCAUGGCCUCGCUGGCUGGAGGGCUGGACGACAUGAAGGCCAACCUGACCAGCCCCACCCCCGCCGACAUUGGGAGCACUGUGCCGGGGCCGCAGUCCUACCCCAUCGUGACAGGCCGAGACUUGGCGAGCACGACCCUCCCCGGGUACCCUCCGCAUGUUCCCCCCGCCGGACAGGGCAGCUACUCAGCGCCGACGCUGACAGGGAUGGUGCCUGGGAGUGAGUUUUCCGGGAGCCCCUACAGCCACCCUCAGUAUUCUACGUACAAUGACUCCUGGAGGUUCCCCAACCCGGGGCUGCUUGGCUCCCCGUAUUAUUACAGCGCCGCUGCCCGAGGAGCCGCCCCACCUGCUGCCGCCACUGCCUAUGACCGUCACUGACCCUAGGAGACAGGCAGGCGCCAAGCACUUAUGACACAUAUCAUUGAGGGCAAUAGCCUCCCAGCCCCCACCGAAGACAGCCAGAGGGGCCCCACAAGACCGUCUCCAGCCACCCCUACUUGCCUGAAACUCCCUCACUCCUUUUUCCUGCCAGAGACUCUGGGGUCCUCUGGUAGGGCUACUGGGCUUCUGGACGUUUGUCCAUAUCCGAAACAAUCGAUGAGAUUCUCCUAACAGUGACUGGGUCUCCGCAAACCAGCAGGCAGCUCCACAGACAACUGCAGCCCAGUGCAGUCUGCCAGCCCCAGCUGCCUGCCCACCACUGUCCUGCCCACCCCAGCCCUGGGAAGGCGAGCUUGCUUUUGUUGCUUCAACAGCACCCCUGUAAAUACCUUCCUGCUUUUCUUUGGGCCUGAAGGUCUGACUGAGCAGACUGCCUCCCCCAUUAUGCAUCCCGUGCUCAUGAUGCAUCACAGAACGUCUGAAACUUGUGCACAGAGUGUCCCCUGUACCCUGGGUGCCCCCAUCAGGUGGGCUCAGAGCAUCCUUGAGACUAAAAUGGAGACCUUGGGGCCUCAGCCUCUUGCUCAUCUCUACUUUUCUUGUGUCUUGACUGGGAGUCACAUGGGCUGGCUGUGCUCCUAGCUCCCCCUGGGCUCCCUCCCUAGGAGAAACACACCUUGUGGAGACGUCUGGCUUCCUGCCUCUGCUUCCCUGGGCCCAGCGCAGUGCCAACAUCUUUUCCAGAUAAAAGGACUCAAAGAGAAUUGUCUAAAGCAUUUCUCAGCCACUGUUCUAAAGUAAGGAUGUCGUCCAAGGUGUUUAUUGCAUUUCAGACUCCGAAUGUCGGGGCUCGAUGGAAUAUAGGAGUCUCCGGGCCAAGCCAAGGAGCACCUUUAGGUUCUCCUGACCCCUCAGCCACUGGAACGGCUGAACUGAACUAGGACGUGUUUUCUGAGGCAUGCCCAGGCUCACACCGCUUUGGAUGGACACUCUCCAUGGACAAUAAAAUUUUUACUGAAAUACACCUUCUGGGACCCCAGUGAGUGGAUCCUGGACAAGCUUGUCCCAGCCAUGUAGACAAUGUUGGACUAAAAGGACUUUUCCUGUGCCGAGGACUAUAAGCACCCUGCAGCAGUGAGCCUGGACUUCCCGAGCACCACUUCAGGGAAGCCACUUCCCAGCCUCAUGGAGCUUAGCAUGCAGCUGGGAGCAGAGGAGGUGGGGAGGGGGGUGCAGAUGCCAAUCUCGACGCAUGUGUGCCCACCUGUUGGUAUAAGGGGCCAUGAUGGUCAGGGCCACAGCCAAAGGCCACAGCCAAGGGCCACAGGAGCUCAGAGAGGGAGCUCAGAGAACUCAGUGUGGCUGGAGUGGUCAGAAAAAGCCACAAGAGAGGCUUUGGGGAAGAGAAGAAGGUCUCCUGGGAGAGGGGCAGGGUGAGCAGUGUACCUGAGGAACUGCUGUGUGAGCCAAGCGUGGUUUUGAUGUCGCAGUGCCAGCCAGGGCCACUGUCUCCUUGUCUGGGGCCUCAAUUCUUUGCAAGGCUUUCUUGCCAACUCAGAGCAGGCCCUGUCCAAACCUGAGAAAUGUCUGAAUUAUAGCAAUGACAGUGGACUUUGUAGUUUCGUGUGACAGUGCCCCCAAUGUCUUCAUGUCACCAGGUUGGCAGAGAGCUGGGGCAGAGAACCUGGAUUUGGGGUUCUUAGGCCUGAGAGGUCUUGUCUUGGCUGCACCUCUACCUUGCUGUGGGACCUCAGACAAGUCUCCGUACCUCUCUGUGCCUCGGCUGCCCUGGUACAGGAAGGUCACCUGACAGCUCACCCCUCCCUCCCUUCCUCUCUCCCAGGAGCUGAGGCUGUGACAGAGCCUAGGGACAGGCCACCACUUGUGAGCAUAUGGGGGUGGGCACCUGGGUCAGACCAUUACUUGGACCAAGUGAGAAACAAAAACAACUAAAGGAGUGGGGUCUAGCUCCCCUCAGGGGAAAAUGAGGCCUGCCUGGGGAAGCCUGGGGCCAUGUAGUAAGACCUGUGCCCACCACGAAGUCCUUUGUCCCCCAACACCGCUACAGAUUGGUGGGGCAGAAGAGAAAAGCGAGGUUCAGCAAGGUGGAGUUCCCAAGCCAUGACCAGCAGAGGUGGGGCUGAGACCCCAGGGCCCUGGCCCCCAGCAUGUGGUGAUCCCUGCCACCCCCAUCUAUCCACCUCCCAUCUCUGGGGUGGGAGGUUGACAGUGAGGGCAGCAAGAGAUGGUUCUGGGUUCUCUGUCCCAGACCGGGCCUCCUGGAGCUGUUAGAAUUGCUGAGGAAGCACAGUCACCCAGGCCGGACGUGGAGCCCAGUGAGCAAUCAGCUACACUCUCACCUUUUGGGGGCUUGCUGGGCAAUGAAGGGAGGUAGCUGGGGCCAGAGCCCACCUCCAGGAGCUGUGAUGAACUGCUUCAGCUUCCACCUGCCAGGUAGCCACCAAGCAAGGUAGGAGAAGGUAUGUCUUCUGGCCCUUCUCUUCCUCCCUCCUUCUCUUCUGCAGGAAGUGGUGGGGCUGGGGGUGUGUAGCACAGUCUUUUUGGUCCCCGCUCCUCUUCCCACCCUUCUUCCAGGAUGAUCUUUCCCACGUCUUUGGGUCCUGGCUCCACUUGGUGGCUUCAGGCUGGGAGAGGAGGUCAGACUUCCCUGAGCCAGCUGCCUAAGAUGUACCUUUCCUUCCUCGCAAAGCCCAUGUGGCCCCACAGCAGCCCCUCCACCCACCCCAUUCCUCUUCUUGCCCCCAUAAUAAGCUCCCCGCAAACCUUUCCUCUCUCACCUGAGGUUUUGCUGGUCCUCAGAUUGAAUUUGUAUUUAUUGGAGAAGCACUCAGUCCUGGGCUGCCAGGCAGAAGCACAAGAGCACACGGAUGCACACACGUGUUAUACACACACACACCUGUUCUCACCAAUUCAGAGUUCCCAUGCCACCCGGUAGAGCUGGCUGGGAGCUGGUGAGGAGGGGUCCAAAGGACACAAGCCGUUAAGUAGCUGCCAGAGAAUUCUGAAGGGAAUACACAGUCCAGGGCUUUCACCAGCAUCAUGGCAGGAGGUCCGGGGGAUUCCUCCAUCGGCCUUCAGCUCCGUGUCCCAGCUCUGACUUUUUGAAAAGGACAUUGUGAAUUUUACGAAAUUUUUUCAUAUCAUUAGCCUAGCUCCAACCUAGAAAAAAUUGAUAACAUAUCAAACCCAACAUUCCUUUCCCCAGGAGCCUUAGUUAGGGUCAGCCUUUUAAUAACUGAUGUUUGUAUGGUGCUUUACAAUCCUCGACUAUCCUGUGGAGCAAAGAUCAUGUUCCCAUUUUACAGAUGGGGAAAUUGAGGUUCAGGGCUCACACAGCAAGACAGAGGUGAAAUGAAUUCUCAGACCUCCAGACCCCAUUUUCUCUCCACAGAAUCAGGCUUCUGUCAUGGGAGUGUAUGGCUUAGUGACUUCCCCAGUCCCCUAGAUACCUCCCAGACCCAUACUGAGGAAAAAAAGAACAGGGAGCCAGAGGCUGGCCUGAAGGAGAGGCCUGAGGCUUGGUGGCUUUACUGGUCCAACCGGAUCCCUGUUAACAUGAAACUUGCUGAGUCUUAGUGCAAAUUCACACCAAUCCUGCCCCUCUAGAUUCAUUCCCUGUUGUGCCCUGAGGCUCAGAGGGGAUCUGAGGCUUGUCCAAGGCCACACCUCAAUUGUGAGGGGCCUGAACGCAGCCCCAGUUCUGACUCUCUGGGCCCAGAGCUCCCAUGUUCUUCCUGCUGUGAGAAGCAGGCGUGCCUAGGCCAGGGCAUGAGGGGCCCACAGACCUGGGAAACACAGAUCCCAAUCUCUAGGGCCCUGACUCUUCACAGGCCAGGCAGGUGGCAUCACCUUUUGACUGGGCCUGAAAGUGGUUGCCCCACUGAAUGGCACUCAAACAUGAAAACGUUUUAAAUGCUCUGCCAAAAUAUGACAGACUUAACUGGCCACCAACUUACACCCCUGAUCUUGCCCUGACAUCCCCUGUCUUCUCCUCCUGCCCUUCCUAUGGUGCUGGAGGAGAGGGAGCCAGAGGGGGAGAGAUGUGCCUCAGAUUGACCAGCAAGUCAGUGGCAGAACUGGGCAAACCCAGUUCCCUGCCACCUCCCAUCCCCCAUUUUGGGCUCCGCAGAUGGUCUAGGCUUUCAAGGUGGGGUGGGAUACAGCAUCAGAUGUGGUGAAGCAGGAGGAGCCAUUGGCUUUUACGGGGAGGGAAAUGCUGGGGGCCUUUUCACGUGUACAGGCAAGAGCCCCAUAUGUGGCCUACAGGGCACUGAGGGGUGAAAUCCCUUUAUGAGAAUUCACACCCCAGUGCCACUGCCCUGCCUUUGGCAGCCUGUGGUUCCAGCCCCACUCCUCUCUCUGGAUGACAUUUCAGCUAGAAUUUGGCAUCGAACUAUAGGGAGCAAAUCUUAAAAACAAAGCAAGGUCUCCCGACAAGAUGUGUCUGAGAUACAGCUGGCCAGAAGGGUAGAGAAAAGUCCAGGCCCCUGGAGAGACCAGGCCCAGACUGGUGUGGAUGGGUCCCAGCUCCACAGUCAUCCACGUCCAGCCCUCCACAGAGGUCGGCCCUGUGACCCUGGCCCUGUCACCCACCUAGGAGCCUGGCUCUGAUGGCUUCCAGGCAUGCACACCAGCUCUCCUGGGAAUAUAUUCCUCUAGCUCCUUUGGCCUCAGAAAGGUCCAAGGAAAGUGCAUUUUUUAAAAGGUAGCAAAAUACAUUAUUGGAAAGUUGGACAGUUCAGGCCACGACUCCUAGCCCACAGUCUGCCCCACCUCCUGGCAGCCCCUUGUCCCCUGUUGUCCCCGGAUCUCAGGAUUCCCUCUUGCAUAUUCAUACAGGAACCACAGUGUUGAUCCACACGUCCCCACUGUCAGCUCCCCGCUGCACCUCCAGAGUGGUGGCCGGGUCCCAGGGGGCCUGCUGCAGAGGACUGCAGUGAGCCCCUUGCCUGCCCGUUCUCCUAACAGCCUGCAAUGUUUCCAAGACGGCCACAUGCUGGGAGCAGACAGACCCCAGGUUUUCAUUCACUGGUAAUUCCUCAGCACUCAGGCCCUGCUCCCGAAUGCCCCAGGAUCAUACAGGACAUCAGAGCACGUCACUGCCAUUCUAGAGUUUCAGUCCACGUAUUCCCAGGGGCCUGGAGUUGUGGGUAAACAUAACCACCGUUCAGUAAGUCUAGAUAUUCUUUUUUCCACACCUUCAACCCCUGAGCAGCACAAGGAGAAAAUGCAGCUGUUUAUUUAUUGUGGGGAUCUUAAUGAAUUCUCAAAUGGAGUUUGGGCAGGAGAGACAGGGCAGGAAUCCCACCACUCAGCUCGGAGCAGCCUGAGCAUGGGGUUCAGGAAGGGAAGUGUGGGAAACAGCAGAGGAAGGGAUGACUUGGGAGUUACGUGUUCCCUUCCAGGCUGCAGCCUCACCCACACCUAUCCGGACCCAACCAAGAGAGGGUGGCAGGGUACCGAGCCUGUGGCUAUGGCCAUGUGCCAUCCUUGUCCCCAGAACCUCUAUCCAUGUGGCUAUGCCCCUCAUCUUCUCCAAAAGCAUCCUUAACAACAAGUGAUGUUGGAUGAUAGAUUUUUGAUUUCCAAACCGUGCAUUUCCUUUGGAGUGGAACAGAAAGGAAACUGUUUAAUGGCUCCCUUAUUUUCAAGCAUGAAUACGUUUUAAUGAAACUAUUUUAUUGUAUUUGAGGAAAUGGAGUGUUGAACAUUCCAGCCAAUCAAUAGCCAAUUAAUUGCUAUAAAUCUUAAAAAAAAAAAAUCCCAAGUCUAUUUUAAAUGCCCUGCAAA